AUGAGCUUCACUGACUGUCUCCAUGGCUCAAUGGACUACAACACCCUCUCAAGAGCCUUUGACAUGUCAUGUUCUUCAUCUGAAGUCAUUUCUCCCCAGUUGGACCAUGAGAAUUCCAAGAACCAGCAGGCUGCUGCAGCUGCAGGUGUAGGAGAUCACUCGGUGGGGACUAGCACCACCGAAAACCCAUCUACACCAAACUCCUCAGUUUCUUCAUCAUCUAAUGAAGCUGCUGGUUCUCAUGAACAUGACGAUUCAGAGAAGAAGAAGAAAGAAAAGCAGCCAAAAGUGGCAGUGUGUGAUGAAGCGGCAGGAGAUGAGGAAGACAAGUCAAAGAAAGGGAGCAAAGCGAAAAAGAAAGAGAAACGGCAGAGGGAACCACGGUUUGCCUUCCUGACUAAGAGCGAAGUGGAUCACCUUGAAGAUGGAUACAGAUGGAGAAAGUACGGACAGAAGGCAGUCAAGAACAGCCCUUAUCCUAGAAGUUAUUAUAGAUGCACUACUCAAAAGUGCGUAGUAAAGAAGCGCGUCGAGAGAUCAUUUCAAGAUCCAUCUAUUGUGAUCACAACAUAUGAGGGUCAGCACAACCAUCAGUGUCCGGCAACACUCCGGGGAAAUCUCAAUCUCAAUGCCGUUGGAAUGCUGUCCCCUAAUUCCCUUUUGACAUCUGCGUCUCUCAAUGGAUCAGCGAGAUUUCAACAUGAAUUCUUAACUCAGUUUCUCCCAAUGAACAACCAACUGCAAUUGCAAUUGCAAAGCCAUCAUCAUCAGGAUGAUCACCAAGCAAGUAAUUCCAUGAUAUAUUCAAACCUCGUGGCCCCUCGCCCUCAUCAUCAUCAUCAGCAGCAGCAUCAGCGGCAGCAGCUACAUGUUCCUGACUAUGGGUUAUUGCAAGAUUUAGUUCCUUCAUUUGGUCACAAGCAAGAGCCAUGA